CUGCCUGGAAACGGGGAAGCACGCUAGAAAUCAGCCAUUGCUUCGAAUUUAAAACACCUGCCAGAGGCGCAGGGUCUAAGGCCAAAGUACAGACAGCAUAGGGGCUCCCCGCUUCAGUAGUCUCUGACCCGCUUGCUUCCAGUUGCUACCUUACCUGAUCCGCCCUGUGUUUACAAAGACCGCGAAUAAGAAUUAAAAGACCAAUGGAAUGUAAUGCAUUCGCAGUGGCCUCUUCUGCCUCAUGUAAUCUUCACCGCAGUCUUGUUUUCUUCGAUCUCGAAACCACUGGACUUGGUCCAAGGUGUGAUAUCGUACAGUUGUCCGCUGUAAGUGGAGACCACACGUUUAAUGUCUACAUGGUUCCUCGGCGACCAAUCCUUAGAGGGGCCUCAGUUGUCACCGGGUUCACUGUCAGGAGGCGACAGCUGUGGCUCCACAGUCAGGCCCUUCCAACCAUCACUCACUGGGAGGCUUUGAUAUCCUUCGUGGCCUUCCUCCGCAUGCUGAACCGCCCUUUUCUGGCAGGGCACAACAUCAGGAGGUUUGACUGUCCUGUACUGCUCAAGGUGCUGGAUGAGUUCCACCUGAGAGAGGACUUCCAGCAGGCCACCUCCGGCUUCGUGGACACCCUCCUCCUGGCCCGAGAGCUGUUCAGGCACAGCUCCAUCCGGAGCUAUCGCCAGGAGCACCUGGUGAGGGCCUGCCUCGGGACCUCCUACCAAGCGCACAAUGCUCUGGAAGACGUCAAGGCUCUGCAGCGGCUCUUCCGCGCCUGGGCGCCCAGGUCAGAGCAGGUGGUCAGGCACACCUUCACUCUCUCACAGGUGGGAACUCGGAACUCUCGGUGGCCACUCAUCUAAGGAAAAGUGAUCUCCAAGCACGCUGCAAGAAAACUGGCUGCAUGUGGAAUUACUCUAGAAGUCUCACCUGCAGAGUCCCUCUAAGAGGCUCCAGAAGCUACUGGAGCCCCUGAAAUAAGAGCUGUGGGAGGGCUGCUUUGGAGCCACAAUUGGCAAUAUCACUGACUUCCUGGAACUUCAAAAGCAGCCUUAACCCAGCAGAGCUGUCUCUGA